GUAUCUCACUCUCUCCUCUCUGAUCCACGCUUCUGCUCAUCAAUGGCGGUUUCACUCCAAACCUUCAUUCAAGAACGCAAAAUCCCUUUCUUCUUCACCCUCUCCGUCCUUCUCUUUUGCUUUCUCAUUCUCUUCUUCACCAACUCCUUUUCUCUCAACCCUCUCGUUCGUACUUACUCCGCUCUUCGAUCCCCUUCUAAAACCCCAUCUUCUUCUGGGGUUUAUUCGGAUUCUGUUCUUUCUCACGAUCUUGAUUCUUCUUCUUUGGCGGCGAAUUUCACCUGGAAGCUCUGUAAUGGCUCUGUGGCGGUUGAUUUUGUUCCCUGUUUGGAUAACUUCAAGGCGAUUAAGGCUUUGCAGUCGAGGAAGCACAUGGAGCACCGUGAACGGCAUUGCCCUAGUCCCAGUCCCCGCUGUUUGAUUCCUCUUCCGAGUGGUUAUAAGGUGCCGGUUCCCUGGCCCAAGAGUAGGGACAUGAUUUGGUACGAUAAUGUUCCUCAUGCGAAGCUUGUUGAAUACAAGAAAGAUCAACAUUGGGUAGUUAAGUCGGGCGAUUAUCUUAACUUUCCUGGAGGAGGCACACAGUUCAAGGAUGGAGUUGAUCGCUACAUUGACUUCAUUCAGAAGACUUUAUCGGACAUUAAGUGGGGGAAGAACAUCAGAGUUAUUCUAGAUGUUGGCUGUGGUGUUGCCAGCUUUGGUGGCUAUUUACUGCAGAAGAAUGUUCUUGCCAUGUCCUUUGCCCCAAAGGAUGAACAUGAAGCACAGAUACAAUUUGCUUUAGAACGGGGAAUUCCUGCUACUCUUUCAGUCAUUGGAACACAGAGGCUGACAUUUCCAGACAAUGUUUAUGAUUUGAUCCAUUGUGCACGUUGCAGGGUCCAUUGGGAUGCAGAUGGUGGGAAACCAUUAUUGGAGCUCAAUAGGAUUCUCAGGCCUGGAGGAUAUUUCAUUUGGUCUGCUACACCGGUUUAUCGUGACGAUGAACGAGACAAGAGUGUCUGGAAUGCAAUGGUAUUGCUAACGAAGUCGAUGUGCUGGAAGGUUGUGAAAAAGACUUCUGAUUCAUCUGGAGUCGGCCUCGUAAUAUAUCAGAAGCCCACGACAACGUCUUGUUAUGAAAAACGUAGUGAAAAUGAUCCUCCCAUAUGUGAUGAAAAGAACAAGAGAAAUAAUUCUUGGUAUGUGCCUCUGACUAGAUGUAUUUCCCAGCUUCCAGUUGAUAACAAAGGCAACUAUUAUGCUUGGCCUUCGCCAUGGCCGCAGAGACUAACUAGCAAACCUCUUAGCUUGUCUGUUGAAUCAAAUGCUGAGGAGAAAUUCUUGGAGGAUACCAAACAUUGGUCUACUGUUGUAUCAGAUGUUUAUCGAGUUAAUGUCGGCAUAGACUGGUCGAGUAUCCGAAAUGUGCUGGAUAUGAAUGCUGGCUAUGGAGGGUUUGCAGCUGCACUAUUUGAUCUACCACUUUGGGUUAUGAAUGUUGUCCCCAUAGACGUACCGGAUACUUUGUCCAUCAUUUUCGAUAGAGGAUUGAUCGGUCUCUACCACGACUGGUGCGAGUCCUUAAACACCUACCCUCGAACCUACGACCUUCUACAUUCGAGCUUUCUCUUCACAGUUCUUAAGAGAAGAUGCGACGUGGUAGAUACUGUCGUGGAGAUGGAUAGAAUAGUGAGGCCAGGCGGAUAUGUUCUGAUUCAGGAAAGCUUGGAGGUAAUAAAGGAGCUUGGUCCCAUGUUUGGCUCACUUCACUGGUCUGUUUCUGUAUAUCAAGAUGAGUUUCUUGUUGGAAAAAAGGGAUUUUGGCGGCCAUCAGCCCCUAAUUCCAAGUGAAAAGCACAGAUUGUUUGAACUCGUUGCCAUAGUUUUCCCUUCCUUUACAUAUUUUACUCAAAAUACAUAUGAGGCUAAUAUCUUGAGUGUAUGUUA